UUGAGAAAGAAAGAAUUCAAUAUCAGUGGUUAGAAUUGAUGAGAUUACAGUACAGUAGUUUUUUAAUUGGAUUGCAUCAUAAAUUCUUAGAAUGACCGCAAAAUGUGGACAUAUUGUGGUUUGUGUUCUGGUUCUGAUCAUCACGAUAUCUAGUGUGCAGUGUUAUGUGCGUGGAUAUUCGGCCAGAAAUUUACCGGGAUAUUCGUUUGCAAAAUUUAUGGGACCGGUUAGUGGAGCCGAACAAAAAGUCGCCUACUAUGAUGAUGGCAUGUAUAAAGGGCAUGACUAUGUUGCAAAACCCGAUUAUCAUUUUGAGUAUGGUGUCGAAGAUCCGAAUUCAAAAGUUCAUCAAAGUCGACAAGAGACACGACAUGGUGACACCGUUCAGGGUGAAUACAGUGUUUUAGAUCCGGAUGGGAAAUUUCGAACGGUUAAAUAUACCGCGGAUAAAAAAAAUGGAUUUCAUGCAUCGAUCAUAACCGAUGGUCAUGUUGUACAUCAUCCACAAGACCCAGUUAAACCAAUUCAUCAAGAUCCAGUGCAUCAUGUUCACCAUGCACCGCCGCAAGAACCACCACAACAUACCGGCGGCGGCGGUGGUGGUGGCGAAGAAUAUGAUUACGAAGGAGAUGAAGAGAGUGACGACGAAGGCGGUGAUGAAAGUGGUGACGAAGAGGAAUACAUUGAUAGCGGAGGUGAAGGUGAAGAAGAUGGAGACGGCGAAGAGGACGAAUACUACUGAUAAUCGAUACAUAUUUA